AUGGCCCUGUCCCCGGGAGGGACUCCUGGCCGGGAAGUGGAAGCGCCCCCGCCCCAACCAGAAGCGUCCAACUUGGAGCCCGACCCGGAUGCCAGAGCUGGUCGCCUCUCCGUCUGCACCAAGCUGUGCUACGGCAUCGGUGGGGUACCCAAUCAGGUGGCCUCAAGCGCCAUCGCCUUUUACCUGCAACUUUUCCUGCUAGAUGUGGCGCAGAUCCCUGCCGCCCAGGUCUCUCUGGUCCUGUUUGGAGGGAAGGUGUCUGGGGCAGCAGCGGACCCCGUGGCUGGCUUCCUCAUCAACAGAAGCAGGAGGACAGGGUCUGGACGCCUCAUGCCCUGGGUGCUGGGCUGCACGCCCUUCAUUGCCUUGGCCUACUUCUUCCUGUGGUUCCUGCCCCCCUUCACCAGCCUCCGUGGCCUCUGGUACACGGCCUUCUACUGCCUCUUCCAGGCGCUGGCCACGUUCUUCCAGGUGCCCUACACUGCGCUCACCAUGCUGCUGCCCGCCAGCCCGCGGGAGCGGGACUCGGCCACCGCCUACCGGAUGACCCUGGAGAUGGUGGGCACGCUGCUGGGCGCCGCGGUGCACGGGCGCAUCGUGGCGGGAGCGCACGCGCCGCCUGUCUGCGGGGACGCGGAGGCGACGGGGCCGACCGCCGUCUCCCCAGACGCGACUCGGCUCUACUCCAUUGCGGCCGCGGUGGUCACGGCGAUUUACCCUGUGUGCAGCUGCUUGCUCUACCUGGGAGUGAAGGAGCGGCCAGAUGCGUCCAGCACAGCCUCUGGCCCGGGCCUGGGCUUCCUGUCCGGGCUAAGCCUCACUGUCCGGCAUCCCCCUUACCUCAAGCUGGUGGGCUCUUUCCUGCUCAUUUCUGCUGCUGUCCAGGUGGAACAGAGCUACCUGGUCCUGUUCUGCACACACGCCUCCCGACUGCAUGAUCACGUCCAGAACCUGGUGCUGACCAUUCUGAUCUCGGCCGUGCUCAGCACCCCGCUGUGGGAGUGGGUGCUCCAUCGAUUUGGGAAAAGGACGUCGGCCUUUGGGAUCUUCAUGAUGGUGCCCUUUGCGAUCCUGUUGGCUGCUGUUCCCACAGCGCCCGUGGCGUACGUGGUGGCCUUUGUGUCUGGCCUGAGCAUCGCCGAGUCCUUGCUGCUCCCCUGGUCCAUGCUUCCAGACAUGGUAGACGAUUUCCAGCGGCAGCACCAGCUGGGCCCGGGCCUGGAGACCAUCUUCUACUCUUCCUACGUCUUCUUCACCAAGCUGUCGGGUGCUGGUGCCCUGGGCAUCUCCACUCUGAGUCUGGAGUUCGCGGGCUACCGGGCAGGAGCCUGCCAGCAGGCAGAGCAGGUGGUGGUCACUCUCAAGGUCCUCAUCGGAGCUGUGCCCACCUGCAUGAUCCUCGCCGGCCUGUGCAUCCUCUUGGUGGGCCGCACCCCCACGGGCCAGAACACUUCCCGCCAGCUGAGCAUCCGGAGGAGGACCAGCUACAGCCUCGCCUGA